AUGGAGGACGUGAUGGAGGUGCGCACGGACGGCAGCUCCCUCCUGAAGGCCGUGUACCUGAGCCGUCUGCGGCUGACGCGCCUGCUCCUGGAGGGCGGGGCCUACAUCAACGAGAGCAACGACCGCGGUGAGACCCCGCUCAUGGUGGCCUGCAAGACCCGGCACACCGACCAGCAGAGCGUGCCCAAGGCCAAGAUGGUGAAGUACCUGCUGGAGAACAGCGCCGACCCCAACAUCCAGGACAAGAGCGGGAAAACGGCCCUCAUGCACGCCUGUCUGGAGCAGGCCGGAGUGGAGGUUGUGUCCUUGCUUCUGGCCAGCGGGGCUGACCCCAGCCUGGAAGACCGCUCCGGCUCCUCGGCCCUGGUCUACGCGGUCAACGCCAGCGACAAGGACACCCUAAAGGUGCUGCUGGAUGCCUGCAAGGCCAAGGGCAAGGAGGUGAUCAUCAUCACCACCGACAAGCUGCCCUCCGGGCGCCAGAUGACCAAGCAGUACCUCAACGUACCCCCGCCACCCGACCUGGAGGACCGGCUCCACUGCUCCCCGCUGGGCUGCAUGUCCCCUUCCGAAAUCGACCUACGCACCUCGCCCCAGGCCACCGGCACCUCAGCGCAGCCCGAAAAACGCAUCUUCAACUUCAAGGACCCCGGGAACCCAGCGGCCGGGACCUCCCAGCCAGGCUCCCCGACCCGGGACCUGAACCUGGCAGGUUCAGCCAAGUUCCUGCACCUGCAGAGGCUGCACUCCGAGCCCUGGCUGAAGAUCCCACCUUCCCUGCUCCCGCAGCAGGGCACAGCCUCCUCCCUGUCCGACAACCUCCUGGACAUCACCCCCGAGGAGGAGCUGUCCUUCAGAAUCAACGGCAUCGUCAUCCCCAAGACCCCCGUCACCCAACACCAAAGCAUCGACGUGAAGGCCCUCGAGCAGGCUUCCAGCUGCAGUAACAUCGAGCUGGGGAAAGGAAGAGGAGUUGCUGGGCUGGGGAGGAAGAUGUCGUAUGACGAUAUCUCCUCCUUCCACUCCGCCUCGCACCCUGAUCUCCACCGCAACAGUGGGGGCGGGGCGGGGGCCGGUGGCGGGCCCUGCCCCGCACCCGUCCCAGUGGACAAGGACCCCGAGUCCCUCCCCAUGCUGGCCGUGUCCAGCCUGCGCAGUAUAGUCCAGAGGCGAGGCAUCGGGGCGGUGGACCACUACAGCUCCGACUCCCAGCUGCCCCAGUUCAGCGGCCACCCUCCAGAGGACUGCAGGGGCGGAAUCGGUGCAGCCGAGAAACGCAAGCUGGUCUCCACCCGCUCAUCCACCUUCGGCUGCUCCCGAGAGUCCCUGGACGGCAUCCCCCGGAGGGGGGCCGGGAUGGAGCGCAGGGGGUCGGGGGCGCUGCUCCUCGACCACAUUUCCCAAACCCGGCCUGGCUACCUGCCCCCGCUCAACCCCCACCCACCCAUCCCGGACAUCGGAGCCAACGCCACGGCGACAGGAGCCGCUGGCAGUGCCGGUCCCACCGGGGGAGGUGGCCUCGUGAAGACGGGGGUGUCGUCGGGGCCCUCGGGGGCCAAACACAUGGUACCGAGUGCCCCCAACUUCCCCAGGGAUCUCAAGGCCAAAAAGAUGCUGCUGAGGCGUCACUCCAUGCAGACGGAGCAGAUCAAGCAGCUGGCCAACUUCGAGGAGAUCUUCGGCCACUGAUCCCACUGUGCUUCACCUGAUCACUGCGCUCCUGACUGUAGUCACUCUGCUACUGCAAACCUGUUUCUGGUGUCCGUCUGUCAGUCCAAUGAACCUCCCAGACAACACUAACAUGGCGACCACACCUUGUUGGCACUCCUUUCAUCAAAAUGACUAGCACAUUAGCGGUUAUUUCAGGACAUGAACCCAGACGGACACAUCGUCCUCCUAGCGAGGAUCCUUAUUUUAAAAGGCACUUCAGAGGGAGGCACUUAGAGAGAUUUAUAGACCAACUUCAGCGUCAGACAUCAUCUCUGUGACGAUUGUAAAGGAGGCGGUUAUCAAUGGCACAUUCACCGACAGUCAGUUCACUGUGGUUUCAAGGGUAUUUUACUUAUGGUUAUGAUGAAAAUAGAAACCAAACAAAUCAAUGUGCCAUUGAUGGACCCAUUGAUGGCUUGGGUGUCCAUGGUUCAUUUCAAAACAUGACAGAUUACGAUCUCCUGGCAACAUACCGUGAACAGGCCCCUGUACCUUGCAAACUUAAUCUUACAUUUGCUUUGUUGGCAAGCAGCGGACAUGCCAGUUAUGGAUUAUAAUCGUACUUCUAGUCAACAGACGUGCUCUUUCAGGAAACGGAAGGUCAACUGUCAAAAGGAGAUAAAAUUGGCUUUCAUGAACAUUAAUCGGCAUUGCAAAUCAAGGUGAUGAAAAAAAUGAGUCCACAAACACAAUAUCCAACAAAUUAAAAUGAGAAACCGUACACUUGACUCAUGUUAACAGGAGAAUGCUACGCUUCAACAUGAUGCAAGUGCUUAUGUAAAUUUGCCUAAUGAGAAAGGCUUCAUUUUUAAGAUGCUAUAACGGAUCUGUUUGAAAUCAGUAUUCCUCAAAUAUCCAUACACAUGGAAUGUAAAAGCACUCUCAAGGACAUAGUGUAUUGUGUGAAUAUGAUAAGCUAUGUUAGAGGGGUGAGUGUGUGAGAAGGGUGAUAGUGGGGCUCUGCUUUAAGAGGCACGUAUCUGGGACACUUCCUGCCCCCUCAAUGGAGUGAGUGUUGAUGAUGUAGCUGUUGUUCAGGCAUACAAAUGCAUGUGUUCAUUCAUACUUUCACAAAACCAUUUAUUAACGCAACAACUGUGUAACAACUUUGUGUGUGAGCGCGUUGUAAGGGUGAGGGAACGAGAAAGCCAUUGUUCCUCAUCUUUUCUCUCUGCCAUUCAUAAGGGGGAAAAAAUGUGGUGUCACUCAUUACAAAUAAAAUUUUAUUGUUGGAUCAAUAACCA